AGUAAAUUGACUCGACCCGUAUUUUUUAGUACUGCGGAGUAACAACACUAACAGCUCUGUCUCUAUCCAAGCGUUUAUCCCGCAGCCGGCGAAGAAAUCCAGCUCGCGUCGAUCUGUGAAAAACUGAGAUUUUUCUCGCAGUGUUCAAGACAUGUCAAGCGAACCUCAAACACCGAAGGUGACUGUCACUGAUGAAAGUGAAGAUGUCACCGAAACUGAUCGCUCUCCAGCGGAGAACGCGUUUUAUGAAUCGUUUCUUAUUCAGUCGCGCUCAGCAAUUGAAAGUUUGUACGCCUCGAACAUAUACCAUAGUCAACGGCACGCUAAGCAGGUUAAAGAUCUUGAGAGACAAAAACAUUAUAGCAUGUCUGAAAUGAGCAACAAGCAGAAGGAAAUGGUUAAAAAGAUGGCUCAGCUUCAGGAAAAACAGGAGAAGAUACAGAUAGAGAAAAGAAAACAGAACAUGAAACAUUUAUCAACAAACGGUGAACAUCGUAUGAGGCCGCAUUCGACAUCAUCGUUAUCCGAUCGUAAGUCAGAUCGGAAGGCAAUGCUCAAACACCGACCACGAUCGGGAUCGAUGCCGUUUCUCGAGCCUCUUGAUCCAAGUCUCGUCAACCAAAGUUUGUCGAAGUCUACCGAGAAUCUAUGCUCAGAAUCAUCACUACUAAGCGCAAGUCUUCCGUCAAAUGCGCUUCUAUCGCGAUCUUGUGAAGAUUUAUCAAAUCUUGGCAGAAAGAAUGGAAAAAUCAUACUACCAGCUUUAUCGAAGCUUCCGAGGGCGAAAUCAACCGGAGACUCCACGGAAGAUUCCGACUCAACCUUCAUAACCCGAAUGCCAUCUUCACCUCCGACGAAAGCUAAACUUAACCUCAAGUUAACACCUUCCGGCUUCAAACCCGAGCAUCGCCGGGGAUCGCUCGAUCCUUCUGUUAUGAGAGACUUGGACAGACGACGAGGGAUGAAAACAGACAGUCCUCCGGCCAGUCCAAAGAGUACACAAACGAAAUGGGUUCCUAAAUCUUAUGGUAUGCCUCAGGGGAGAGGUCUCCCUCCUGUGUGAUACCUUGACGCGCAGAUGUCAUUGAAAUGUUGAAAGGACUCACGAAAGGUGAUUUUCGACUGAAUUUAGCAAAAUUUUAUCGUAGUUCUCUAAUGUAAGGAAUUGUUCGCGAUCAUUUCCUCCCAUGAAAACUGUCUAGUGAGAUUAGGUUAAGCUGGUGCGCACGGCUAACCAAAAUGUUUCUUGUUGAAAAGUGACAGGAGAAGGUAGGCUAUACUACCACUCAUAAAUUUGUUUGACCAAGCGGGGGACUAAUGUCUGGCAUUAUAUUACUUAACGAGACAGCAGAGUGUGCAGUCUUUUUCAGUGACAGGCUUUCCCCGGCAAGUUAUUUAUAUUGGAAGCUGACACGCACACUCCACUCUUACUUCCGCGCAUGUCUCCUUUUUAGGCCGGUGCACCUACUCUCGCUCCCAGUCCCGGACGGUCUACUGUGCAGUGUUCUAUUUUCAUGGCUGGAGAAAUAGAAAGCGAACGAGGAAUCUUUCGAGGGAAUGAAAAGUAAAAUAUUUGCAAGUCUUUUUA